AUGGCUGAUGAGAAGAAAGCACAGCAAACCUUUAAGAAGGGUGCAAUGAAAAUCUUCAAGAAGGCACCAUUAAAGGACAGCAAGAAGAGGAGCAAGUCCAGGAAAGAAAGUUACUCCAUCUACAUCGACAAAGUAAUGAAGCAGGUUCACCCUGAUAUCAGCAUCUCCUCUAAGGCCAUGAGCAUCAUGAACUUGUUUGUCAAUGAUAUUUUCAAGUUCAUCACUGGAGUGGCUUCCUGCUUGACCCAUUUCAAUAAGUACAACACCAUCAGCUCCUGGGAGAUCCAGACCACUGUGUGUCUGCUGCUGCUUGGGGAGCUCACCAAGCUCAUCGUGUCAGAGGACACAAAGGCUGUGAUCAAGUAUACCAGCUCCAAGUGA